CCGCAAGACACUCCCCAGCCCCCAGAAAUGGCCCUGCCCUCCUGAUUGGUCAGGAGUGGAAGGGGAGCCCCCCUUAUCUCCUCCUCCCAGGGGGCCAAGUUGAAAUUCCUGGAGCUAUAAAGUCCAGCAGGGUUUUCUCAAUGAAGUAGUAAGGGGGGGCCACAGAACAGCAGAGGAGAAGGGGAGACGGCCAAGAGGGGAGCCUAAAACUGAACCAGGGCUGUGGCUUUAGCCUGAGAACCUUUUCUUUUGUUCAGAUCGCUUCCCACUCCCCUCUCCUGGUACUGCCCCAGCCCACAGAGGGAACAGAAGAUGAAGUACAUCAUUGGCAUUGGAGGCAUGACCAAUGGAGGAAAAACCACAUUGACCAAUAGACUCAUCAAAACAUUACCAAACUGCUGUGUGAUCCACCAGGAUGACUUUUACAAGCCACAAGAUCAAAUAGAAGUCGGGGAAGACGGCUUUAAGCAAUGGGACGUGCUGGAGUCUUUGGAUAUGGAGGCCAUGCUGAGCACAGUUCUCGCGUGGUUAAACAACCCGAUGAAGUUUGCCCGCACACACGGGGUCAACAUCCAGCCCGACUCUGGGAAGCCUGGCUCCGAUGAUACUCACAUCCUCAUCCUGGAGGGCUUCCUACUCUACAGUUACAAGCCCUUGCUGGACUUGUACAGUCGCCGUUAUUUUUUGGCCGUACCAUAUGAGGAAUGCAAGAGGAGAAGAAGUACCCGCAACUACAAGGUCCCUGACCCCCCAGGUCUUUUCGAUGGCCAUGUGUGGCCCAUGUACCAGAAAUAUAGAAAGGAGAUGGAUAACAACGGUGUGGAUGUAGUACAUCUUGAUGGGCUGAAUUCCAGAGAUGAUCUUUGCCGUCAAGUCCUGGAAGACAUCCAGAAUACACUCUUAAACUGCUCCUAGCUUCUGGGGAAACCCUGAGAAAGGGAGCCCUCCCCACCCCUCACUGACUUGGCAGUUCAUCAUCCCAAGGGAACCCUACACUGAACCAAGUCCACAGAUCUGUCCAGGCCCUGAAGAGAGGCCUCCUUAGCCCCUGGGGAAUCAAAUCUGACACUAUCUGGGAAUCUCCCUCUGGUGAAGGAUGGACAAAGCAAACAAGCAAUCAUUUCUUUCCUUGGCUCAGCUGAAGAAAGGGCAAUGCUGGCCCAGGGUCUCAGAGAUGGAGACAGUUUGAAGAUCUAUUUUGUGAUGGCCACGAUCCACUUAGGCAUUAAAUAC